CACCUCUUUCAAUACUGUAAACAUGCAAAUAGACACUGUUCCUCAAAUCCCGUUAUUAAAAACAUCUUUGUUUGCAUUCACUAGAUUCCAAUUCCUAACCGCCAUCCCUGAUCACAGGUUCGACAUGGACUGCAAAAGACACACAAAAUCUUGCCAUCUCGAGGUUAUACACACACCGAGAUAACCCUGCACGAUGUCUGUGUCUGAUGCUAGUCUUGGGUGGAGCAGACAUCGCUCGAUGGCGUUGCGUGGGGCGGAAUCCGUGGUGCUGCUCGCGUCUCCAGACUCGUUUCUCCCGGAAGUGGGUGGUUAAGUCGCCACUCGGUCACUGCUGGCUAACGAGCGAUCGCUGGGAUGAAGGAGAGUCGGGGACAUUCUUGGGGCUGACAAAUAUCUGACGACAAAGCUGUGAAAUUUCAUUUUUUUAAACAAUUAGUUGCGGUAUAUCCGCAGAAAUCCACCACAAACGCUCACAAAAAGGCUCAGACACCCCGCCGCCAAGAUGAUGGAAGAAAUUGACAGAUUUCAAGUGCCGACCGAGGCAGAGAUGCAGCCUUUUCAGGAUCCAGCAUCAUCAACUACAUCAGAGACAGACUCAGAUACCAGGGAGAGUGAACCUGCCACCCUCAACUAUAAACCUUCUCCUCUCCAUAUGAAGAUAGACAAACAGAGAGAGUUGGUUAGGAAAGGAUCACUGAAAAAUGGCAAUGUUGGAAGCCCUGUCAAUCAGCAACCCAAGAAAAAUAAUGUGAUGGCCAGAACAAGGCUAGUGGUUCCCAAUAAAGGCUACUCUUCUUUAGACCAGAGUCCAGAUGAGAAACCUUUAGUUGCUCUAGACACAGACAGCGAUGACGACUUUGACAUGUCUAGAUAUUCCUCGUCAGGAUACUCGUCAGCCGAGGUGAGGUCUCUAAGGGAACAGCAGAUAAACCAGGAUCUGAACAUCCAGCUACUGAAAGAUGGCUACAGGCUGGAUGAGAUCCCUGAUGAUGAAGACCUGGACCUCAUACCACCCAAAUCCGUUAACUCAACCUGCAUGUGCUGCCAAGCCACCUCCGCCACUGCUUGUCAAAUCCAGUAAAUCUGUCACCUUUUCCCCUCCCUGUGCUCCCUCCCUCUCUUCCCCUCCCUCGUUCCCUUUCAUAACCUCAGAUAAGACAUCUAAUCAAUAUUACAGAGGGAAAUGUACAGUAAACGUUACGAUGAACAUGGUGUACAGGAAUAUGUGAACACACACACACACACAAAACACAUUACAUGCGCUAAUGCACACACAUAGACACAUUUACUCUUAACAUAUGAUUAUUAACAUGACUAUUAUUGGUUGCUUCCUCCUAUGGCAGGAUAUGCAUUGUUUGCUAAUACGCUAGGAGAGUCUGCUCACUUUCACCUCCUAGCUGGCAUUGUGUUAUACUGUACAAGUGAACGUAGAACAAAUAAAGCAUUCAGAUGGCUUUAACUGUGAAUUAAAAACAACUUGAUGUUACAGAGAGUUUGAAAUAGCUUAUCCACUGAAUUCUCUGCUUUCAUGUUGCACUCGUUGCAUUAACGUUGUCGUUAUGGUAAGAUUUGAUUUCCGUACGGAUCUGGUUGGAUGUUUAUUGUUCGUGGCUGCUAUUGAGGCUAUACUUGGAUUCGUUUCUGUUGAACAUUUUGCAUGUUGGUGCAUUCGUACUGCAGCGCUAACAGUAGCCUUGUCUGGCAUGCACCUGGGCAUCACACUUUUUGUUUACUCUUGAUAUCUCACACACGUUUAUUUAAUUGAAUCACGUUUGAAGCUACGCUGGAUUUGAGAUGCGAAUGAGUCAUGAACGAAAAGGGAAAACAGCAACCCUUUUUUAUUUGAUUGGUCAAGGUCUAGAUAUUUGUUAUUUUCACAGUAACCUCUCACAACAGAUGAUAAAAUGAUUACAUGAAGACCUUUCUGUCUCUCAAAGCAGUUUUUCAAAGGUCAGAAAUCACUGGGUAUGAUUUAAUAACUGUUAUGACAUUUUGGAAAUGCAGUUUCAUUUCUUGGACACAAUGACCAAACAUAUUAGAUAUUUACACUUCCUGUAAGCUUCUUAAAAUAAGUAUUGUUUUAUUCUGGAAGAUGUUCAGAUUUCAAAGACUUGAAGGCACCAAAGAAUGUUUAUGCUCCUUGUUGGAAGCUAUGUUCAUUUUAAUUUAGCAUUUUAUAUGCAUACCACCGAUCAGGAUACAUCACUGCAUUUCAUGAAAAUCAGUUGUGGGCUGUUUAAAAGCACUGUUUUCUGCUGGUCUUUGGAACUAAACCUAGAAUGUUAAUGUUGCUAAAUUGAUCAAAUCCCUGACAUUCAUUAUUGUUAUUAUUAAAAAUGAUUCAAGCUGUCAAUGAUGAACCUGCACUGUUCAUCUUCACAUGAAAUCCUUUUACAGAUUUUUCCCUUCAAUUCAGCUUUGAAAGCCAAACGCAUUUUAUGUGUUAUCUUUACACUCUACUGUCUUGAUCAAGAAACUGAUUUCAUUCGAACUGCUCAUAUUCACUCUUUAGUGCGUUUUAACUAUGACUAAAAUAGUGUAAUGACCUGAUGUAUUCAAUUCAAAGCGUAAUCAAAGGUGAGCGUUUGUUGGACAAAAGCUGUGUUUUUAUGUUAUAAAUAUGUUAAUUAUGUGAGAAAGUCCAUUUAUGUAUUAACAAUGUUGUCAUUGGUUUCAGUGAUAUCAAUAAAAGCAGACCUGAAUGAACUUUUCUUUGUUUUAAUUAAUCCUCUACAUACAUAAUUUAUAGGUUAUGAAAGCAGUUGAAUGUUGCAUAAAUGAUACUGAUGGAAAAGUACAGCACGUGUGUGUACAACGCUAGUGGCUCAAGGUCUGUAAGACACAGAUAUACACAUCACAACACUUGCAUUCACACUACACACAACUGAGAAGAGUUUUGUAAAUUACAGCAAAGUACUUCUCAGUAACUUGCUAGUUACAUUCUGCAAUCUAAGAGUUCUUAAGCUCAAAACAAGGCACAGGUUGAGCAUUUUUACAAUGACAGUAUGUUUCAAAUAACCUGCUUCUUGAAUUCAGGCUCACAACCUACUAAACAUAUGGAACAUCUGAACAAUAAAUCAGCACAGAUACUAUGUAACAAUAAAAGCCAAACAUCUGUUGAUCUGUUAUCAUAAUAUAAAAAUCGAUACAAUUGUUAUUGAAUAAAGAUCCAAUAGAUGCAUUGAUUGUUGAUUCACAUGUAAAAUUCAGUUUGUGCUUGUGUCUUUUAAAGCACAAUGGCUGAUCAUUACGGUAGAUUCAAACUAAAUCUAGAUUCAAAUUACAUUGAGUAUUUCAAGUAAACAGCUGAACAGUGGAAAGACUUCUGAAGUCAACAUGUAUGAAAAUGAAAAACCCAUUCACAAAACUAAUAAAAGUCUGUUACUCAAGUUCACUGAUUGAUUGUAAAUACUACAGGCUGCUAAUAAAACCAUAGGUAGUGGGAGAAAUAUACAAUCUUUGUUCUGUCUUUUUCAGCUGUGCAGUCAUGGAUCUAAGGCACAGCUUUUAGUUUGUGUUUUCCCAUAACACACCUAUAGAUGGCGGUGCUACACUAUUAGUGAGUGAACUUCUGUUAAAUCUCACUACAUCACUUGUGAAGGCUGAUAAAAAAAGUUUCAAAAAGAAAUAAUAAAAGUGUUCUGAAUAAAGAGAAUUUUCAAUGCUGUACAUUAAAUAAGUUACAUUCUUUUGCAUAACUGAAUAGAAUAUGCAAAUAAGUACGAUUGUUAAAAAAA